AGACACGUUGCGACGACUGCGGCGAGAUGACCAGCGCGGCGAAUAGUUAUUACAGGAUUAAUCGAAUCCUCUUAGAAUGUGUCGGCUUGUGGCCGUAUCAGAACUCCAACUACAGGCGUGCCAUAAUGGCAAUUGUUUCUGUACUGCUUGUAUCCGGCGUAGUGUUACAGCUUACGACUUUCGUCACAGCAGAAUUCAGUGUAGAUCUUCUCCUGAAGAUCCUCGCGCAUUGCACCCCGUGGCUGAGCUACAUGUUGAAAUAUAACGUUCUUUCUUCAAAUAUAAAAAAGAUGCGAGACCUUAUGGAACAUGUGCGUUCUGAUUGGAACGAGUUGAAUACCAUGCAAGAAGUUGAAAUAAUAAAAAAGUACUCGGCCUUUGGAAAACUCAUCACGGUAGUUGCCACAUCGUUCAUCUAUCUGUGUAUACUCUGCGUUAUUGUGGAGCAGAUUUCGAUGAAUCUUUAUCUGGACUUCACGACAGCUGCGAACGAGUCCCGUAUACGUGAAUUUCCCGCGCUGAUCGAGUGCUUCAUAGAUCAUCAAAAGUAUUUUUACCCGAUUCUGUCUUACAUGUUCUUGGUCAUUGUGUGCGGACAAACUACGAUGAUAGCUACCGAGACACUUUACAUGACAUAUACGCAACACGCGUGUGGACUGUUCGAAAUAGCUAACUGUCGCAUAGAACAAGCAUUGCUCAUAACUGUAAUGCAAGAUACAGCAUCGUCUCUUGAGAAGCAGUCGAUAGUGUGGCAAGGGAUUAUCGGUGCAGUCAAUAUGCACAGGAGAGCAAUCGAGUUUAUCGAAAUAUCGAAAGCAAAUUUUACCUUUGCAUACUUCUUGGUAUUACCGCUGGGUGUGCUCUCGCUAAGCGUUAAUCUCUAUCGCCUUGCUCGCCUUCUACCGAUCAAAGAAUAUGAAGAAGCGAACGUUAGCUUUUUCCUCGUCUUUGGUCAUUUGUGGUACUUCUUCUUCGUCAACUAUUUAGGGCAGAAAGUGAUUGAUCAUAGCGGAAAUAUUUUUCACAAAACAUACAAUGCACAGUGGUACGUAGCUCCAGUAAAAGUGCAAAAAUUACUAUGGCUUGUGAUGCAGAGAAGCUUGCGACAUUGCACAAACGUCGUUGGCGGCUUAUUCGUUCCAUCUCUAGAAGGAUUCGCCUCGGUAAAGUUUCGAAAGCAGCACCAUUUGUCAAAUAUUUUCCAGCAGAAAUUUAAAUUUUCCAGCAGAUACUUUGUGUUUCAGAUAACGGGCGCCUCAAUUUCAUAUUUUAUGGUAAUAUAUUCCGUACAUUAAUUGUGUUCAGAAAAUAAAAUUCAUCGUUAGUUGAUCAUAUAGAACUUUAUUAUAUCAUGCAAAUAAUUGUAAUAUAUCUAUGGCAUGUGAUUAUAAUAAUACAAAAACAAU